AUGGUAGAAGCGCUGGUCCCGCCAAGAUCGCACCAGCUAUCGCCACUAGCAUUUGAACAGCCUUUCACCUUAUCAUCAUACCUUCAACGACUGUUCGGUACCACUCUCAGCUCCUACCUCCGACCCACCGGAAUCACCAAGCCACCAGCGGCAGUGGGCAUCAAGACAUUCGGAUUGAGAGAAGCCUACCAUCAAGGACUUGGCGACAAAGCAUACCAACGAGCCAAAACACGCUUCCAUUUUAGCAUCACCGCCGACAACAUUCAAGCAAGCUCCUCAAACCCGGACUACAUCCCAGCCAUCCAAACAGUUCGUCAGAGCAUCACUCGAGCCAAAGAUGCUCGAAAGUAUCUCGAGCUUCGCGGAGAAUCGUACAAGGAUGCUGUCUGCGCCUCUUCCACCGAGCUUGAUUGGGAGGAUGUUGAUGUGGAAGCACCCGAUGUCACCGAUCGUACCACCGUGCUAGCUUUCGCAAAGAUGGCAGCAUCGGCGUACAGGAACGACACAUCUAGUUGGGAUGGCCAAGGUGGAUUUGACCCGACCAACUCUUUCGGUUGGGAAGGGGAUGGUAUUCGAGGACACAUCUUUACCACACACGACAACGAUACCAUCGUAGUAGCCCUCAAAGGCACCUCGAAUGCCUUCCUCGGCGGUGGUGAUACAGCACGUCGGGAUAAGAUGAACGACAAUCUCCUCUUCUCUUGCUGUUGUGCACGUGUUUCUUGGUCAUGGUCAACCGUAUGCGAUUGCUAUCAAGGGCAUGGUGAUUCUUGUGGACAGACAUGUUUGGAACGUGCAUUGAUGGAAAAGUCGUUGUACUAUCCUGCGAUUACGGAGUUGUACAACAACAUUUCGUACGCCUAUCCUGAUUCGCAGAUCUGGAUUACCGGUCAUAGUCUUGGUGGCUCACUCUCGUCGUUGUUGGGUAUGACAUUCGGAGUGCCGACGAUUACCUUCCAAGCACCUGGCGAACGUAUGGCUGCAAUGCGAUUGCAUCUCCCUCUUCCACCGGCGAAGAAUGCAGAUGAAAGCCCAGUAUCAGCACUUCCAAUCGUACACGUCUACAACAACGCCGAUCCAAUCGCUACAGGUCAGUGCAACGGUGCAGCAAGCCUCUGCUCCAGCUUGGGCUAUGCGAUGGAAUCCAAAUGUCAUGCCGGAAAGAGUAUCGUUUAUGAUACAAUCGGAAAGUUGGGUUGGUCACAGACGAUUAAUGCUCAUCGGAUCAAUGAGUUGAUUACUGAUGUACUGUCCGAGGAUUGGAGUGAGAAGCUUAAGAAGAAGAACAACAACAACCUUGACGCUAAAUCGAAACAGAUUGAGGCCCACAAAGGGGACAACGUGGGGACAAACGGUUACAGAUGGCCUUGGCAUAGAGGAGAGCAUGUUGAUGAUGGCGGUGAUACAGAUAAGGAUACUGAUCAAGAUGAUAGGUUGGCAGUACCCAGGGCGAGAUCGGAGGAUAAGUGUAGGGAUUGCGACAGUUGGCAUUUCACCGAUGACCAUAAGGAUCAGCAGGGCUCUUUGUAA